CAAAAUGCCGGAAGUGGCAGUUAACGCCCAUGUGAACUUUCUCCUCUGGCAGCUGAUAGUGCGUUUGUAUUUUAUCAAUUGACGACCCGGAAAAAACGAUAAAAGCCUGACUGGAUGCAGCCUGGGUGCUCGCGUGAGUAAGGAUGGCAUCCAAAGAGGUUUACUCGCGUAGAGAUCCGAUGCUGAAAAAGCGAGAUGACUUUGAAGACGUCCUGGAGGAACGGCGGAACUCCAGCGACCUCAGAUAUGCCGUCAAAUGCUUCACGCCCGUCCUCUACAAAGGCUUGACGCCGUGCACGCCGGACACGCUCAAGAUCACCACGCUGCACUCUGAUCACGUCCAAUAUGUCAUCCGUCGGGUUGCCAACGAGACGGGCAAAGCGCCGGACGAAGUCCAGGGGGAGGCGUUAGCCGUCUUGGACGAGAUGGCUCACCGCCUGCAGCUCAGCACGGUUCGCUUCUUCGCCUUCACCCUCAGCAAGGUGUUCAAGACCUUGUUUCGAAGUGUCAGCGUUAACGAGGAAGGCAUCCAGAGACUCCAGCAGGCCAUCCAGGAGCACCCGGUGGUUCUCCUCCCGAGCCACCGCAGCUACAUGGACUUCCUGCUCAUGUCCUACAUCCUGUACACCUACGACCUCUCGCUGCCUGUCAUCGCCGCCGGCAUGGACUUCAUGGGGAUGAAAUUUGUGGGCGAGAUGUUGCGGAUGUCUGGCGCCUUCUUCAUUCGACGCUCCUUUGGUGGCGACAAAUUGUAUUGGGCCGUCUUUUCCGAGUACGUCAAGACCAUUGUCAAGAAUGGGUACGCCCCCGUUGAGUUUUUCCUCGAGGGCACGCGAAGUCGAACAGCAAAAUCGUUAACGCCAAAGUUGGGCCUUUUGAACAUCGUGAUGGAGCCUUUCCUCAAGGGCGAGGUGUACGACAUCCGCUUGGUACCGGUCAGCAUCAGCUACGAGAGGAUCCUGGAGGAGGCGCUUUACGCCCGGGAGCUUCUCGGGGUUCCCAAGCCCAAAGAGUCCACGUCGGGUCUCUUUAAGGCCAGAAAGAUUCUGCGUGAGGACUACGGCAGCAUCCAUGUUUACUUUGGCCAACCCGUGUCGGUCCGGAGUUUAGCCCAAGGCCAUGUGGACCGCCGUCAAUAUAUUCUGACGCCCAGACACAUCCCGGCAAGGCCCAGCGAGGACAUUGUGCGCUUUGUGAACAGCGCCGCCUACAGGCUGGUGAGGGCGCAGGAGGAGAACUCUGUGCUGAAGCCGUGGGUCCUCCUGGCCACUCUGCUGCUGCAGAAGGAGGAGGCGCCGUUGAAGCUGGACGAGCUGACCGAAGGAGUCGUGUGGCUGCGUGACCUUUCCCGGCAGUACGGAGCUUUCCUCCAUUGGCCCGACCACAUGCGUCCAUCGGAGGUGGUGUCGUCCAGCCUCGCCCUGCACGGAGGUCUGGUGAGGGUCUAUGAGGGGCGGGUUCACCUGGAACAAGGUGCAGACAACGCGGCCGCCUCCCCGGAGGAGAAGCUCCUGAGCCGGGCAGUGCUGGUGCUCUCUUGCGCCUCCUACAGGAACCAGGCACUACACGUCUUCCUGAGACCGGCGCUGCUCGCCUUGGCCGUCGGCGCUGCUUCUUCCACUCGAAAACAGGAAAUCUUUGAGCGCUUCAAAUUCCUGAGGGACGUCUUCUCUAAUGAAUUCAUCUUAUGUGACGGCGCCACCGUGCAGGACUUUGAUGAGGCGUGUUACCUGCUGGAGAAGACGGGAGCGCUGCAGGUCUCCCAGCACGACGUGGAGGUGACAAAACGGGGGCAAAGGACCCUGGACUUCCUCACGGGCGUGCUAGAGCCCUUCCUGCAAGGAUACCUGGUGAUUUGUGGUUUCCUUUUGGAGACGGCCGCCGAGGCGCUACCGCAAAAGUCGUUUGGCCAUGCCGUGCGCCAGUUUAUCAUCAAACAUCUGCUGGCAGGGAGGCUGAGGCACUCGGAGGUGUUGUCGUUCGACCUGCACAAGAACGCGCUGGCCGCUCUGCUCAGACUGGGCGCCGUGAGAAAAGUGCAGCAGGACAGUCUGAGUGUGGACAAAGUGAAACUCGGCUCCGUAUUAGACACUUUGGGAGGGAAGCUCCCGCCGCCCAACGUCGCCGCUGCUCGCCUUUAACGCUGUGAAUCUUCACCAAAGGACGCUUUGGACUCAAGCGUGACAGCCAAACCACUUUAAAUUGAAUUCAAGAAACGUGUCUUUUUUUCGGUAGACUAACAUCUUCCCUCGGGGUCAAUAAUUAGUUUGCUCAAAGAGGAUGCGCUGAGAAGAAAGUUGAAUCAUGCAAGUGUAUAUAUUCAACCAUGACUCAUGUUAGUGCACUUCUUUAUUAUCAACUGAUGUGUGAAUUUACCUCAAUAUCAAAAACUUCUGCUCAU